GGUCCGUGUCCACCGCUUGGCGGGCUGGCUGGGGGUCGGUCACCGCCGUCGGGGCUUGGCGAGCGCCGCUGGCCGGGCCGAGCUCUGCGCCUUCCCGGGAGGAGCGGUCAGGCAUUGCCGAAGGGGGUGCAGCAGGACCACGGAGGAUCCAGUCUCCGCCUGGAGCGUCCCGGAGCAGCAGAGAGCUCUUCGCCCUCGUCCCUGCAGGGAUGUCCGGAGCACCCAUCCCGUGAGAGAAGCCGAUGGACAGAGGAGGCGUCCGUCGUGUGACGCUGCGAGGCAAGAGCGAGCGGGGGAAGCCCAGGAAGCUGAAGAGGAGCGGAGUGGAGUUGGGGGAAGCCCAGGAGGCUGAAGAGGAUCAGAGCGAGCGGGGGAAGCCCAGGAGGCUGAAGAGGAGCGGAGCGGAGUUGGGGGAAGCCCAGGAGGCUGAAGAGGAUCAGAGCGAGCGGGGGAAGCCCAGGAGGCUGAAGAGGAGCGGAGCGGAGUUGGGGGAAGCCCAGGAGGCUGAAGAGGAUCAGAGCGAGCGGAGGAAGCCCAGGAGGCUGAAGAGGAGCGGGGCGGAGUUGGGGGAAGCCCAGGAGGCUGACGAGGAGGAAAGAGAAAGCGUGUGCCCAGGGUGCCGUCUGCGAGCGCGCCUCCAGCGCCGGCGGAGCGUCGGGACCCCACUCCGGCAGGGAAGGGGACGUAGGCCCUCGGGAGCAUCCGGCGCCGCGGGGCUGCUGCCGUCCCACAGUGGUGGGAGGGGGCGAGCGGCGGCUCCGGCAGCCGUGUUCCGGCUCCGCUUGCUGUGCCGCGGGGCGGGCGGUGGCUUCGGCACCGUUGUCGUUCCGUUGGCUCGCGGCAGGGAGCGGGGUUCUCGGCUUCCCGUUGUCGGCACGGCCGCCAAGGGGGCUCGGCAGCGGCUGCGAGCUGGAGGUGGCGGGGAGGGGGCCCGGCCGCGGUCGGAGGUGGCGAUCCCGGAGGAAGCCCGCUUGGAGGAGGUGGCGGUGCCGGGUCUGCAACGAGCUCCCGGGCAGGUGCGGGAGGACGUUGGGGCCGGUGGUGUUGGGGGGAUCUCCCGGUGCCUCUCGCCCCUGACCGCGUCCUCCUGCUUCGCACCGGCCUGCGGAGCAGACAGAGGAGGCGUCCGUCGUGUGACGCUGCGAGGCAAGAGCGAGCGGGGGAAGCCCAGGAAGCUGAAGAGGAGCGGAGUGGAGUUGGGGGAAGCCCAGGAGGCUGAAGAGGAUCAGAGCGAGCGGGGGAAGCCCAGGAGGCUGAAGAGGAGCGGAGCGGAGUUGGGGGAAGCCCAGGAGGCUGAAGAGGAUCAGAGCGAGCGGGGGAAGCCCAGGAGGCUGAAGAGGAGCGGAGCGGAGUUGGGGGAAGCCCAGGAGGCUGAAGAGGAUCAGAGCGAGCGGAGGAAGCCCAGGAGGCUGAAGAGGAGCGGGGCGGAGUUGGGGGAAGCCCAGGAGGCUGACGAGGAGGAAAGAGAAAGCGUGUGCCCAGGGUGCCGUCUGCGAGCGCGCCUCCAGCGCCGGCGGAGCGUCGGGACCCCACUCCGGCAGGGAAGGGGACGUAGGCCCUCGGGAGCAUCCGGCGCCGCGGGGCUGCUGCCGUCCCACAGUGGUGGGAGGGGGCGAGCGGCGGCUCCGGCAGCCGUGUUCCGGCUCCGCUUGCUGUGCCGCGGGGCGGGCGGUGGCUUCGGCACCGUUGUCGUUCCGUUGGCUCGCGGCAGGGAGCGGGGUUCUCGGCUUCCCGUUGUCGGCACGGCCGCCAAGGGGGCUCGGCAGCGGCUGCGAGCUGGAGGUGGCGGGGAGGGGGCCCGGCCGCGGUCGGAGGUGGCGAUCCCGGAGGAAGCCCGCUUGGAGGAGGUGGCGGUUGCCGGGUCUGCAACGAGCUCCCGGGCAGUAUUCUGUGGUGCCAGGCUUUGUUUCUGA